ACGAUACAGAUCCAGCAAGUACUACUCGAAGCUUUCGCGCACCUUGAUUUUGUCUCGAAAGACACCAAAAUUCCAAAGUUAUUUCAACUCAAGGCUCUCGUAUCUUUGCUUGCAGGAAGACAUGUGGUUCUUCGAGCUGCAACGGGCUCCGGAAAGACACCUUUGCUUCUCUCCCCCGACAAGCCUAUGGCUAUCACAGUUACACCUUUAAAAUUGCUUCAAAAAGAUCAUGUCAAGGAAUUCGAGGAGUAUGGGGUUCGUUCGAUCGCAAUCAAUCAUGACACUCUGGAG